UCCAGGUAGGAGAGAGAGUACCUGAACACUGACGUGCUGUAAGUGAUGUCGGAUACCAGUAUGGAAGAUCGCUUGUUUCUUAUACUGGUACUGGCGUUCCCCGUGGUCCACUGUCCCAUUACAUCUGUCUUUAACACAGAUGGCGAUACCGACAAUGACUUGGGCAGCAUCGCCUCCCAUAUCAACAGUCUUGAAGACCAGGUGUCUACACUACAGGAGCAGUUCGACUCCGAACUCAAGUCAGCCAUGACGGAUCUGGUUAGCGUGAGGAACGAGCUGACGCUGUGUCGAGAUGGCCAUGAUAAACUCAGGACUGAGCUGAAUGCCAAGUGUCAGAUAUUGAAGCUAGCGUCUGACGAACUGAAUGUCACAAGAUCAGAAAUAACACGUUUAAAGGAAGAAAGCCGGGAAGUAAAAAACGCUUGUGUUGCUAAUGCUCACUCACUUACGAAUGUGUCGGAAAUAGUUGGUGCAAUAAGUACAAACGUUUCAUUUAAAGUUUCGUUAUCACACGCCCUGCACCCUGUAUACGACAAGGAUGUUCUCAAAUUUGACAAGGUUCGCGUGAACCUUGGAGGCCAUUACCAGAAAGACACAGGAGUGUUCAGAGCACCGGCCAAUGGUUCGUAUAUGUUAUGGGCAAGCGUUAGACUUGCUGAACCCAACAGCUUCAUCAACAUCUACGCCCAUAGCUACCACGGGGUCAUUGGCCAUGCUCAUACGGAAACGUCAACCUCUGUAACACAGAACGUUGCCAAUUUGCUGACGGUGACGUUCUUGAAGGUAGAUGAUGAGGUAUGGUUCACCAAGGGUUCUGGAUCUACCGUUAUUCAUGGAGAUAAACGUGAUUCCGUGACAUCGACUUAUGGUGGAGUUUUGUUGCGUCGGCAUUAGCACAUUGGAAAUAAAUCAUCAUCAUAAUGUCUUGCAAGCAAGAGGCAAUGGUUAAAUACAUAAGGUAAUCCGUAAUCAUCUUCAGAUACAAUUCUCCUCAUUACCUACCUUGACGUAUGAACCGUAUCGGACGUUUUACUCCAGUGUAGUUGACAAUAACGCCGUUAACGUCAUAGCCGAAGUUUAACGCUGUGUGGAUGACGAUGACGUGUGGACCAUAGCGGACAUUUUACUCCUGUGUAGUUGACAACAACAACGUCGGUUACAUCAAAGCCGAUGGUUAAAGCUAUGUGGAUAACGAUGACGUGUGGACCAAAGUCCGGUGUAGUUGACAAUAACGCCGUUAACAUCAUAGCCGAAGUUCAACGCUGUGUGGAUGACAAAUGACGUGUGGACCAAAGUCCGGUGUAGUUCACAAUAACGCCGUUAACGUCACAGCCGAAGUUUAACGCUGUGUGGAUGACGAUGACGUGUGAACCAUAGCGGACGUUUUACCUAUGUGUCGUUGACGUCACAUUUGAAGAAUGAUGUGUCGUGUCUCGUAUUAGAUAUCUUAAAGUAAGUGUGGACAACUUGACAUCUGCAAUCGGACAGAUUACAACACAGAUUACAAGGUCAUGGUGAAGGUCAAAACAGAGGAAAGGACACUAUUCUUAACUACAUAAUACCUUUUGAUAAUCUUCUUUGAGUCUGUUUCUACUUUUCCUUUAAGUUUAAUCUAUAUACGACCUUGUGUUUAAUUCCACACACCGACAGACGUAAAAAUUAUUACAUAUUUGCUCAAAGCUUAUAGUUUUGGGACUACAUUAAUAGUAGAUUAGAUUCUUCGUCGUUGCAAUAAACUGACGAACAAAUUGAAGAACACACACCGGCUGGUUUGGAACUAUUUCCAAAACACUAUGACGAGGUCGUAAAUAUUUUGGAAAGUGUUGAUAGUGACUUACAAUUCAAACAGCUAUAUUGCCAGAACGUUCGGCUGUACAAAGCAGACCAUCAUCAGACUAAAGAGGCGCGCCAACCAGACUGACCAGGCAUCUGGCAGUAACAAAAGUGGAAGAACGAGAGUGACCACUGCGCAAGCAUUCGUGACAACUCGUGUUAUUCCUGGACAAGCUCUCGGAGGUUAGGGAAAGGGGCGAGUGGUGACGAAUGCCGGGCAAGAUGACCAUCACCUACGCAUUUUGCAUCUGCGCUCAGUGUCGUCAUCAUAAAAAAUUCAACCAGACCACAAGGCUGGUUAGAUGUAAAUCUUGCCAGCCUUGACCAAAACUUACCUGCCCAUAAAAUAUCUUCAUAUACAUGUCGGGGCGGUCGGGCAGGCAGGUAUUUCGAACGCUGCUGAAUCGUCUACGGUGUCUCUGGUGAUUUGGCAACACGUACACAAUGUUGCACUUGUAAUUAAGUCACAGUCAAAACACUUUUCAAAAUAUUUACGACCCUUUCGUUGUGUUUUGGAAAAUAGACCAAAGGCACCAGAUGUGUACUUACUUUUGUUCGUCAGUUUAUUGCAACGACGAAUAAUAUAAUAUACUGUCAAAUUAAGAGGGGGAAUAUUACUUUUUGGGGUGAUAAUAUUUGGGAGCCACGUUUUAUGAUUAUAAUUAUACGGAUUUAGAAAAUGUUUAUUCCCUUCACAGCGUGUUAUGAAUUUCUGUAAACAAGCCCUUUUUGUGCAAGCAGUUUAAUGAUGUGCACGUGAACAUGGUCGGGGUUGAAUUAAACAUUUACAGUGAUUCAUGUCAGUGUGUUGCUGUAGAUUUCAGUGA